AUGAACGAUUUAAAAAUAAGAAAAAGAGUUCACAAAAAGAGCAAAUUAACAUCACUCGAUCCAUUUAUUGAUCGAGACGGAAUAAUUAGGGUAGGAGGCCGAUUAAAAAACUCAUCCAUGCCUCAAUCUCAACAGCAUCCCAUGUUCUUGCCACGAUCAAGCCAUAUUACUGGGCUAAUAAUUCUCAACGAGCAUUUGGAAAACAAACACGCCGGGAUACUGACAACGUUUUAUGCUGUACGUCGACGAUUUUGGCCCCUCGAUGGCCGAAGUCAAGUGCGAAAGAUCAUUCGUAAAUGUAUCACAUGCUUCCGUAUAAAUCCGUCGACAGCUGAAUACUUAAUGGAAAACUUGCCAAGCAUUAGAAUAACUCAAGCGCGUCCAUUUAGUAAGGUUGUAGUCGAUUAUUGUGGUCCAUUUUACGUUAAAGAAAAAAAAUUCCGCAAUCAAUCGUGA